GGUUGGCAGGUAUUUGCGCUAGCUGCGCUAAUUUAGCUGUCUUUGUAGUCGUAGCAAGUUUUCGUCGUGUCCUGAAGCAUGGGUUCGUAUUUGUUGAUCAUGUCAUUGUGUGUCUUCGGAUGCUCAUUUGGAGAAAGUAAGCUCAAAUUUGUCACACUGUUGUAUCGCCAUGGAGAUCGGUCUCCAAUCAAAGCUUACCCCACUGACCCAUACCAGGAAAGUGCUUGGCCACAAGGAUUUGGACAGCUUUCUCAGGAAGGAAUGCAGCAGCACUUUGAGCUUGGGCAGUUUCUGCGAAAACGCUACACAGGGUUCCUGUCCGAGUUGUAUAUGCGUUAUGAGAUUGCUGUGCGCAGCACAGACUACGACCGCACGCUGAUGAGUGCUGAGGCGAAUCUGGCCGGCCUCUACCCACCCAACAGCUCGCAGGCCUUUCACCCAGGCUUGAAAUGGCAACCCAUCCCUGUUCACACGGUCCCACAGAGCCUGGAGAGGUUGCUGUCUUUUCCCCUGCCGAACUGCCCACGCUAUCAGCAACUCAUGAACAUGACGGAGAAGACCAAAAUCUUCUUAAAUGUCACAAGGACAUACGAAGAUUUUAUGAACAUGGUACGCAAAAACACGGGGCUGGACACAGUUUCCAUCGAGACGGUGUGGAGAAUCUACGAUACCCUUUUCUGCGAGGGGAAGCAUGGAAUGGUCCAUCCACCCUGGGUGACUCCAGAGGUUAUGAAGACACUAUCACUGUUGAAGAACUUCUGCUUUCAGAUGAUGUUUGGCAUCUAUAAGCGAGAGGAAAAGUGCCGGCUUCAGGGAGGUCUCUUGCUGGAUCAGAUCAUUAAAAAUUUUACAGUGGCUGCAGCUCUGAACUCCACCGAGAAGUUGAAGAUGAUUAUGUAUUCAGCGCAUGACACGACCAUUGUAGCCCUGCAGGAAGCGCUCGCCGUCUUUAAUGGUCUGCAGCCGCCGUACGCCUCCUGCCACAUCUUCGAACUGCACCAGGAUGAUAACAUGUCAUUUGCAGUCGAGAUGUACUAUCGAAAUGACAGCUCUGUAGCUGAGCCAUACCCCAUAUCUUUACCCGGCUGUACCCAACGCUGUCCCCUACAGGACUUCAUUCGACUCACAAGCUCAGUCAUUCCAAAAAACUGGAUGAAGGAGUGCCAGAUAACUGCAUCAUUCAGUGACAAAGAUGUUGUCAUCGGACUAGCUGUUUGUGGCUCCGUGCUGCUGCUUCUCGUCGUGCUGUUGUUAAUCGUACUGUGCCGUCAGAGUGAGCCAGCGGUCGGCUACACCCAUGUCAGUAACCAUAGCGACGACCACUCCUGACACUUGUACCAGCCCCUCUGCAAAGGGGAGUCAUGGGAAUGUGAGGAAGACCUGAGGGAGACCAGCCUCAGAGCUCAACACACCAGCGGCUGCUUGCCAAGUCAGAUUUGAGCACCUUUUUUGGUCCAGAACUUUAAAUUAAUUUUUGCUGUGAGUUGUGGGACAUUGAUUUUAUAUAGUAGUUCUGAUCUAGAGAGAUUACUUUCCAUUAAUGUGACGGACAUUCAGUCCGUUUACACACCUCCGAGACAGGAUCAAAAAGAGAACUGUGGUUUUAAUGGAGAACCUCAGAAUAAUUGUGACUUGGUGAAAAUGACCACCACUGGCCUGUAAUCCUGUUCUGUUUUUGUCUGCCUGUCUGACCUAAAGUCUUUUCUCCAGCAGAAAACCUUAUUUUGUCUUUACUCCUCCGUGUGCCUGAUGAGCAGUGAUGACUUUUCUAGUGUCCUGGUUUUCUGAUGCUGAGAAGGUACUCGUCUCAAAGGUCCAAUGAAACUGCUAUUUUUGUAUCAACGUCAAAGAGUUCCUACACAUUUUCCAUUUAAAAAUUCCAGACUUCCAGAAAAAUUCCAUAAUUUUUAGACUGCUCUGUAGAUUUUUCAAACCAUGUUUGAAAUGAGUACAAAGGGCUAGAUGUUUAUUAUUAAAUAAAUGGUUUUAAAAUCCAACUGUUAUGUAUCUUGCAUUCUGACGAGGUAUGCUAUUAAACUGCCAAGUAAUUACCAGAAGAUUCUAGCUGUAGCCCAGGAUGUCAAUUGGCACCAAACCCAAACAAGUUCAGUGUACAGCAUUUUAUUCUUGCUGCAAUGCUAAAACAGUGCAAUAUUAUUCAGUUUUUGACAUGUACAUUUAAAUAACUACACCUUCAAUCCCUACAGUAACAAGUGAUGUUCAUGUAGUUCAUCAGGGAAUUAGAAAAGAGGAAUUAAAUUCCGCUGGCUUUGCUUCAUUGGUUGUUUAAAUGAAGUAAAAACAACCCUUGUAAAUGAUUUUACUUUAUUAGUAAUCAUGAAUUAAAGUAAUUAAUUUGGAUUAUUUAAAAUAUUGUUUAAUAUAAUUUAACACAAUUUCCACACCUGCACAGUCUUGCUUAUUCACUGUGUCCAUCUGAUUAUUCUUAAACAUUUACUACAUAAGUCAAAUGGUGUGUGUAUGUGUGUAUGUGUGUGUGUGUGUGUGUGUGUGUGUGUGUGUGUGUGUGUGUGUGUUUUAAAAAAAAAAAAAAAUCCAAAAUGUGUAUGCAAUUAAACGAUAUUGCCACAUUCUCUUUCAAACUAAUUUGGUUGCUGAUGUCUGUGUUUUGUAAGUUCUGUGGCAGAGCUGUCUGUAGGCUGUGACAUACAGGAGCUCUGUGUAAGAGUGUGUUCAGUCACAUGCCAUUUGCUUUGCUUUCAAUAACCUCAUGCUUGCUUUGGUCAGCAGUCUUUCACAAUGCGAUAAACAUUGGCUGCACUGGCUGACUGCUCCAAAUGCCAUGAAAAAAUCCUCUGCUCAUUUAUUUAUUUAAUUUUAUGUUUUAAAAAAUGGGACAUUUGUUAUGCAAACUUUUUUUAGUGCCUCAUGUUUUUCAUAUUUAUCCAGGCAUAGAAAUGAAUACAUUCACAUUCCAUACUAUGUAGGAACUCUGUCAAAUGAGAUGUAUGAGCCUGUUCUGUUUGUUGUGUGGUGCUGACACAUUAGAUCAAAUGUCACAAUGACCACAUUCAUUGUGCUUUUUGCUCCUACUCUUUGUUGACUCUGUUUGGCUCAGGCAGAAAUGUUCCUAAUAAACAUGUAAUCUUCAAAUGGUUACCUGUUUAUUAGGAAUGAUUUACUCUAGAUAUUAGUUACAACAUCCAUGUGGUGCAAUUCCAUAUGCGGAAUUCAGGUUAUAAGAGGGUUGGGGGCAGGAACUGUUGCAAUAUUUCCAGUUAAACAUUUGCAGCUGAACUCUGUAUAGGGAACUGUAUAUUUAGUACAUAAUGCAAGCUUUUGGUUAUAGCCACCAUAUGCUUUGUUUAUGAUCUAUGUUCUGCAAUGCUUAGCUCUGCCCCCUGCAGGGCUAGAGUGAACACUAUGAACCAUCUUUGUUUACAUCUAAUCUUUCGUGCUUCACAUCAGUGUAUAUUAAUAUAUAAAUCAUAAUUGAUUACAGAAUAAAAAUGGUUUCAUUUGUA